GGGACGGGACGCCCCCUCCUCAGCGCGCGGGAUAGGAGGGAUCACCAGACGAGCGUCCCAAACUUCCUAAAGUCGCUCGAGGAGUUCCUGAAGGUUCCUGGACUUCUUCUGAUGUUCGCCUGAGCGCUCACGAUCAACAGGCGGAUUCGGACAUGAACACGCCGUGUUUUCUCGUGCUCGUCGCGCUGCUGUGGCGGUGUUGUGCAGCUCAGCAGAGAGGUCUCUUCCCAGCUGUGCUGAACCUGGCCUCCAUGGCAGAGAUCAAGACCAACGCCACGUGUGGAGAAACAGGACCACAAAUGUACUGCAAACUAGUGGAGCACGUACCAGGACGGCCCGUGAAAAACCCUCAGUGUAGGACCUGCAACCUGAGGAGUGAUUCUGAUAAUGAGCGGCAUCCCAUCGAGUACGCUAUCGACGGCACCAACAGAUGGUGGCAGAGCCCGAGCAUCAUGAACGGGAUGGAAUACCAUUACGUCACUGUGACUCUGGACCUGCAGCAGAUCUUCCAGAUCGCUUAUGUGAUCCUGAAGGCUGCAAACUCGCCUCGGCCUGGAAACUGGAUUCUGGAACGUUCUCUGGACGGUGAAACAUUCAUGCCGUGGCAGUAUUACGCUAUAACAGACACAGAGUGCAUCACACGCUUCGACAUCGUCCCCAGAACAGGCCCGCCGUCCUACACGCAUGAUGAUGAGGUCAUCUGUACCUCCUUCUACUCUAAAAUCCAUCCUCUGGAGAACGGCGAGAUUCACACCUCACUAAUAAACGGUCGUCCCAGCGCGGACGAUCCGUCACCCACGUUACUCAACUUCACCUCGGCACGUUAUAUCCGCCUGCAGUUCCAGAGGAUCCGCACCCUAAAUGCUGACCUCAUGACCCUCGACCUCAAUGACCCCAAAGACAUCGACCCCAUCGUCACCAGACGGUAUUACUACUCCAUUAAGGAUAUAUCAGUAGGAGGCAUGUGCAUCUGUUACGGUCACGCUAAGGCCUGCCCUCUCAACACAGACACCAAGAAAUUCAGCUGUGAGUGUGAACACAACACUUGUGGGGAGAGCUGUGACCGCUGUUGCCCUGGUUACAACCAGAAACCCUGGAUGGCGGGAACCUUCCUCACGCGCCACGUCUGUGAAAAGUGUAACUGUCACGGUAAAUCAGAGGAAUGCUAUUACAACCAAACUGUGGCCGAUGCUAAGCUGAGUUUGAAUAUUAAUGGAGCGUAUGAGGGGGGCGGAGUCUGCCUUGGUUGCUCUGACAACACUGGAGGAAUUAACUGUCAAUCAUGUAUAGACGGAUACUACAGACCAAGUGGGGUGAGACCAGAUGAGAGCUGGCCCUGCAGACCCUGCUUAUGUGACCUGAGAGGUUCACUCCACUCUGCAUGUGUUCCAGAUGAGAGUCAGGCCACCACAGGUUUGGCUGUGGGCUCGUGCAUCUGUAAGCAGGGCUACGCAGGUGAGAAGUGUGACAGGUGUGCGUUCGGAUACACAGGGUUCCCUCUGUGUGAGCGGUGCGACUGCAGCAGUGAGGGCAGCGUUAACCAGGAUCCCUGCCAGCUGCCCUGUGUGUGUAAGGAGCAUGUGGAGGGACGGAACUGUGACCGCUGUAAACAGGGAUUCUAUCAUCUCCGUGGAGACCAUCCCCGUGGAUGCGAGAAGUGCUACUGUUCUGGGCUGGCCAGCCUGUGUACUGAAUCCCACUGGGACUACAGUAAUGUGAUGGAUAUGUCUGGAUGGUUUCUGACAGGAGCGGAUGGGGAGGGGCUCGUGUGGGCGGUGCCAAGCAGAGAGACGGCCCAUCAGCUCACCGUGAGCCAAUCAGAUGCUCAGACUCACCUGACAGCACCCUACUACUGGAGCGCCCCGUCUGCGUAUCUGCGCAAGAAACUCUUGGCGUACGGAGGCAGGCUGGAGUAUACGCUCUCUUAUGACACCGAGAGCAGAGACGACCCGGUUCGCAUCAUCAGCGCUCCUGAUGUCAUCAUAGAGGGCGGUGGGCUGAGAUUGAUUGACAGCAGCUCCGGGCUCGCGCUGUAUCCGUUCUCCACAGCCGAGCGCAGGAUAGAUCUGCUGCCGGAAAGCUUUCAGCAUCACGCCUCAGGACUGGCCGUCAGUAAGAGAGACUUCCACGCCGUCCUCAACAACAUUGAGCGUCUGCUCCUCCGGGCCUCCUACGUUCAGGAACACAGCGCCAUCUACAGGUUGGGCAGCGUGAGCAUGAGUGUGGCGGACAAAGACUCUCGCAGCGGUGAACAGGCUCGUGCUGUGGAGGUGUGCCAGUGUCCGCCUGGAUAUGAUGGAACUUCCUGUGAGAUGUGUGCGGUGGGAUACCGCAGGGUGAACGGGACGCUGUAUCGCGGCGUGUGUGAGCUCUGUCAAUGCCACGGACACGCGGAGCGCUGCGAUGACGUCACUGGACACUGCCUGGGCUGUAGGGAUCACACCGUAGGACCGAACUGUGACCGAUGUGCUCCUGGCUACUACGGAGACGCCUCCAGAGGAACUGCAGAUGACUGUCAGCCGUGUGCCUGUCCUCUUCUGAGCCCGUCAAACAAUUUCAGUCCCACGUGCCACGUCGAUGCCAGAGGUGGGGUGAUCUGCGAUCGAUGCCCGCCGGGUUACGCCGGAACACGCUGUGACAGGUGUGCUAAUGGAUAUUUCGGGCGUCCGGACGUUCUUGGGGGUUCCUGUCAGCCGUGUAUGUGUAACGGUAACCUGGACCAUACAGCAGAGCUCAGCUGCGACCCUGUGACCGGAGCCUGUCUGCGCUGUCGUGAGGGAUACGGAGGGCCGGACUGUGAAAGAUGUGCAGAUGGAUACUUUGGAGAUGCCCUCAUAGCCAAGAACUGCCAAGCGUGUCAAUGUCACAGUAACGGGUCGGUGUCGGAGCUGUGCCAUCAGGAGACCGGGCAGUGCCAGUGUCGACAACAUGUGGUCGGACGGCAGUGUGACGAGUGUAUGCCGAAUUGUUGGUGGGAUGGUGAGUCUCAGUUGUGUCGGCCGUGUCAGUGCAGCGCUCGGGGCUCUGUGUCCCAGCGCUGUGACUCUGAGGGCAGGUGCAUCUGUCGGGCCGGAUACGUGGGCCGCAGGUGUGACCUGAUACGGCCGGCUCACGCCCGCAGGGAGACCCGGAGACCCGUCCAACAGGUUCCCAUCCAACACAUCCAGAGAUGGGAAAGCAGAGGGGGCUGCCCUCGAGGGGCAUACCGCCCCGGCACAGGGUCUGGUUUACACAUGCAGGGCGCUCAGGGCUGUGUCCCGUGCCACUGCAAUUCAUUCGGAUCGAAGUCGUUUGAUUGUGACGAGAGCGGUCAGUGUCGCUGUCAGCCCGGUGUGACGGGACAGAAGUGUGACCGCUGCGCUCCCGGACACUUCAGCUUCCAGGAAGGCGGCUGUACACCGUGCCAGUGUGCCCAUGUGGGAAAUAACUGUGACGCUAACACAGGUCAGUGUAUCUGUCCGCCCAACACCGUGGGAGAGAGAUGUGACAAAUGUGCGCCAAACCACUGGGGUCACGACAUCAGCAGCGGCUGUAAGGCAUGCGGCUGUAACGCAUUGGGGUCCGUGGCGCAGCAGUGUAAUGUGAACACGGGCUGCUGCAUGUGCCGUGAGCAGUUCAGGGGCGAGAAGUGUGACGAGUGUAAGCUGGGUUACAGAGACUUCCCACAAUGCAUUUCUUGCCAGUGCUCCACAGCAGGCUCAUCAGUGGACGCCUGCGAUUCAGAAUCUGGCCUCUGCGCAUGUGCAGACAGAAGUGGGCAGUGCUCUUGCAAGCCUAAUGUGGAGGGAGUGAGGUGUGACCGCUGUAAGGUGGGCUCGUUCGGCCUCAGUCACACGAAUCCUCUGGGCUGCAGUCAGUGCUACUGCUUCGGCUUGAGCAGCUCGUGUACAGAGGCCACUGGACUCAUCCGUAUGAGGCUGACUCUGAUACCAGAACAGACCGUUCUUCCUCUCGUGGACGAAUCCAACAGUCAGGAGAGCACAGCGGGCGUGAGCUUCCAGCAUCCGGACAUCAUCGCCAACGCUGAUGUGGUCCAGCAGCACCUGAGCGAGCCGUACUACUGGAGACUGCCCAAACAGUUCAAACGCUCCAUGAUAACAGCCUAUGGCGGGAAGUUACGGUAUGCCAUCUAUUACGAGGCUCGUGAUGAGACGGGCCGCACCUCUUAUGAGCCCCAGGUCAUCAUAAAGGGCGGCCCCAACAAGGACAAGGUCAUGGUCCGCCACAUGCCAGCGCUUCAGAUUGGCCAGCUGACCCGUCACGAGAUUGACAUAACAGAGCAUGACUGGAAACACAAGGACGGCAGGAAGAUGUCUCGUGAGGAUUUCAUGGACGUGCUGUUUCAUGUUGAAUAUAUCCUAAUAAAGGCCUCACACGGCAGCGUCAUGAGACACAGCAGAAUCUCUGAGAUCACUCUGGAGGUGGCUGAGGUGGGGACGCCAUCACAGGACAGUGAAAUCGCCCAUCAGAUUGAGAAAUGUGACUGUCCUCUGGGAUACGCCGGCCUCUCCUGUGAGGAAUGUGCGGCCGGGUUCUACAGGCUCUCUGCUCACACCGGUGGUGCUGCGUCCAGAGCCGGCUUUGGCAGCUGUGUUCGGUGCCAGUGCAAUGGACACAGUGACUCGUGUGAUCCUGAAACAGCCGUCUGCCAGAAUUGUCAGCAUCACACAGUAGGAGACAAGUGUGAGCGAUGUGCUGCAGGGUUUUAUGGCGUAGUGCGCGGCUUUCCUGAUGACUGCAAACCCUGUGCGUGUCCCCUGCUCAACCCUGAGAACAACUUCAGUCCCACCUGUCAGACGGAGGGUUUUAAUGACUACCGCUGCACUGCCUGUCCCGAAGGCUACGAGGGAAAACACUGUGAAAGGUGCGCCCCUGGUUUCCAUGGUAACCCGAGUGUGUAUGGCGGCCGGUGCGAGGAGUGUAAGUGUGAUGCGUACGGAUCAUAUCCCACAGCGUGUGACUCGCGCUCCGGACAGUGCCAGUGCCGUCCCGGCGCCAGCGGACUGAAGUGUGACCAGUGCAUGGAGAGGCAUGUGUGUGGCCCCGAGGGCGUCGUGUCGUGUGACGAUGACUGCGCUGGGCUCUUGAUUCGUGACAUGGAGCGUCUGCUGCGUUUGAUUGGCAGUGUCAAUCUCACUCUGCCCCUCCCCCUGCCAUAUAAAGUGCUCUAUCGAUUCGAGAACAUGACGGAGGAGCUGAAGCACAUGCUUUCCCCACAGAGAGCUCCAGAGAGACUGCUGCAGCUGGCCGACAGUAACCUGGGCAGUCUGGUCACUGAAAUGGACGAACUGCUCAGUCGGGCGACUAAAGUGUCUGCUGAUGGAGAGCAGACGGCAGCUGACGCUGAGAGGAGCCGCAAAGGAGCCGAGGACCUGGAGCUUUACGUUAGGAACACACUCCUGGCUGCUGAAGCUCUACGAGACAAAGCACGUGAGCUGAACGAGACUCUGGGCGUGAGGGAGGGGGCUCCAGAGAAGAGUGUGAAUGAGAUGAAUGACGAAAUCCAGGCCAUGCUCGCAGAACUACGCAAACGACAGCUCUCCGGCAAGAAACACGUCGCUGACGAAGAACUGGGGGCCGCAGAGGCUCUUUUGGCUCGAGUGAAGCGUUUGUUUGGAGAUCCACACCAGGCCACAGAGGACCUGAAGAAGGAGGUGGGUGAUAAGAUGGGUGAUUACAGGCAGAAACUGGACGAAGCUCAGGAUCUGCUGAGGGACGCGCACAACAAAACCAAACAGGCAGAAGGUCUGGCUGUCACCAACCAACUUAACCUCGACCGCCUGCAGGGGAAGAGGGAGGUGGCCGGUGAAAAGAAAAAGGAGAUGGAGGGGAUUUUGGCGGAAGGAGAGAAGAUGCUGGAUGAAGCUAACGCUCUAUCAGACAGCAUCAACCAGGGCAAAGAGGAGCUGGAGGAGAUGGCGAGAGACCUGGGACCUCUGCAUGAUAAGCUGGAUUUUAAGGUGACGCAGUUGGGUCGCGGUCUGGACGACUCCAUCCCGGAUCUGCUGCUGAGAGCGGAGGAUCACGCCGGCCAGCUCAACGAGUCCGCUGGCAUACUCGACAGUAUUCUAGCUGAGGCAAAGAACCUGUCCUUCAACGCCACCGCUGCUUUCAACGCAUACACCAACAUCAAGAACUACAUCGAUGAGGCUGAUAAGGUGGCCAAAGAGGCGAGGAAAACCAGCGUUGAGGCUCUACAGCUGGCCUCAGGACCCAAAGGAUCUCUGAAAGAUCAAGCCAAGGGCUCGGCUCAGAAGAGCCACCGCCUGUGGAACGAGGCCAAAGAACUGCAGAACGACGUGAAAGAAAAUGGAGACAAUCUGGGUGCUCUUCAGCUCAGACUGAAAGAAGCCAACAAAAACAAAAAAGACUUACAGAAAGGCCUGAACGACACAAUGGAGAAACUCAACGCCAUCCCUGAUGAUCUGGCAGAGAAGAUCCAGGCCACUAAGGUGAAGGCGGCAGAGGCCAACGACACGGCCAUAGACGUCCUCAACCGCCUGAAGGACAUGAACCUGAACCUGAUGGGCUUGAAGAGGAACUACAGCAAACUGGAGGACGACGUCAACAAAGCCAACAACCUCAUCAAGGACCCCGAGAAAAACAUUCAUGCGGCAGGUGCUAAAGUGAAGGAUCUGGAGAAUGAGGCUGACAGGUUGCUGGAGAAACUAAAGCCCAUUCAGGAACUCCAGGACAAUCUGAAGAAAAACAUCUCGCAGAUCAAAGAACUCAUCAACCAGGCUCGCAAACAGGCCAACUCUAUUAAGGUGUCUGUGUCGUCCGGCGGAGACUGUAUCCGCACUUAUCGGCCAGAGAUCAAGAAGGGCCGCUAUAACACCAUUAUCCUCCAUGUGAAGACCGUUGCUGCUGAUAACCUGCUCUUCUACCUCGGAUCGGCCAAAUAUGUGGAUUUCUUGGCGAUUGAGAUGAGGAAGGGUAAGGUGAACUUCCUGUGGGAUGUUGGGUCAGGGGUCGGCCGUGUAGAAUAUCCUGAUCUCGUCAUCAACGAUGGAAACUGGCAUCGAAUCGAAGCCUCACGUAUCGGGCUGAACGGCAGUAUCUCCGUCCGUGCGCUGGAGGGACCCAAAACUGGCAUCUUACCAACCCACAGAAGUGCCAGAUCACCCGAGAGCUACACUGUGCUGGAUGUGGACCAGAACGCUUACCUGUUCGUCGGUGGCAUGCUGGGCUCGGUGAAGAAGGCAGAUGCUGUGAAAACCAUCACGUUCUCAGGCUGUAUGGGAGAGACGUCUCUGGAUGGAAAACCCAUCGGUCUGUGGAACUACAAAGAGAGAGACGGGGAUUGUGCUGGUUGUGUAGUCAGUCCUCAGCCGGCAGACACUGAAGGCACGGUUCAGUUUGACGGAGAGGGUUAUGCAGCCGUCAGUCGCCCCACCAGAUGGAACCCCAACAUUUCCACAGUGAUGUUCAAGUUCCGCACGUUCUCCACAGACGCAGUCAUGAUGUACUUUGCCACAAAAGACAUGAAAGACUUCAUGAGUGCAGAACUGAGUGACGGGAAGCUGAAAGUGAGUUAUGAUCUGGGCUCAGGCACCGGCUCCACCAUCAGUAACAAACGCUAUAAUGACGGAAAGUGGAAGUCCUUCACCAUGUCCCGCAUGAAGAAAGAAGCAACCAUCACCAUAGUGAACAUUGACACUAAUGAGGAUGAGCAGUUGCGGAUGACGUCUUCAGGUGGCGCUACAGGACUCAACCUCAGGGAGGAUGAGAGGAUGUAUUUUGGAGGUUUACCCAAGGCUGGAAGAUACAGGUCAGAGGUGGUUUUGAAGAGCUACUCUGGCUGUAUGAAAGACAUUGAAGUUUCCCGAACGCCGUACAAUCUGCUGAGCAGCCCAGACUACACAGGACUGAUCAAGGGCUGCUCCAUUGAGAACCUCCACACCGUGAGCUUCCCGAGGCCCGGCUACAUGGAGCUGAAGCCGAUGUCGUUUGACGUGGGCUCCGAGAUCACGCUCUCCUUCAGCACCAAAAAUGAGAACGGCAUCAUCCUGUUCGGCAGAGGAGGAGUGACGUCCAUGACGCAGGGCCUGACGCCCGUCCACAUCCCCCGCCGCUCACGCAGACAGACCGGAGAGCCCUUCCUGUCUGUGCAGCUGAAUAAAGGAGCUCUGGAGGUGCUGGUGUUCACAGGCAGCAGGAAUCCACGCAGAGCUGUCAGAAAACCCGACAAGGGAAUCCUGCAUGAUGGGAGAGAGCAUUCGCUGCGCAUCCUGAGACUCCCGGGAGCAUCUUUCUCUGUGCAGGUGGAUGAGGAGCCGCUCAUGCAGCAGGCAUUACCCAGCGAUCACCCUCUAAGCAUCCAUCGGCUCUUCGUCGGCGGGAUCCCGGUUGAGAUAGAAACAGGCGUACAGCGCCCCAACGUGCCGUUUGAGGGCUGCAUCUGGAACCUUCUCAUCAACACCGUCCCGGUGGAUUUCUCUCAGCCCGUGGCCUUUGAGAACGCAGAGAUUGGUCAGUGCCCUGACCUGGCCCCGCCUCCAGCCCCGCCCGGGAUCCCUGAAGAGGAGGAGGAGGAAGAGGAAGAGGCUCCGCCCAAACCAGCGCUGCCGCAUAAAGAAGCAGAUCGACCUCAACCACCAGCCUCCACUACCACGCCCCCCGCCAAGGCCACGCCCAUCCCAGACACGCCCACCGGGCCCGCGGUGUCGUGCGCAGCAGGGGCGGAGCCUGUUGUCCUGGAACUGGCCAAACAGUUUGGUCUGUCCAGAAACAGUCACAUGGCCUUCGAGUUUGAUGACAGAAAGGUGAAGAACAGGCUGAUCAUCGAGUUCGAGAUGCGCACCGGAGCAGACUCUGGGCUGGUGUUCUACAUGGCCAGAAUAAACCACGCCGACUUCGCCACCAUCCAGCUGAAGGAGGGAAUGGCUCACCUGAGCUUCGAUCUGGGCAGCGGAAACACCUCCGUCAGCGUGCCGCGCAUCAUCAACGACGGGCAGUGGCACAAGAUCCGUGUGAUGAGAGAGAAGCAGAGAGGGAUUCUCACGAUCGACAACCGCUACUCCAAACACACCACCAGCCCGAAGAAAGCUGAUAUUCUGGAUGUGGUGGGGAUGUUGUAUGUGGGUGGUUUACCGCUCAACUACACCACCAAACGCAUCGGACCCGUGUUGUACAGUAUUGAUGCUUGCAUUAAGAACUUCAAGAUGAUGAAUCUGCCCUUGGACAUGGAGAAACCCACGUCCAGCUAUCGCGUGGGCUCCUGUUUCGCCAACCCAGAGAAAGGAACUUAUUUUGAUGGCACGGGUUACGCCAAAGCUGUGGACUCGUAUCGAGUGGGAAAUGACGUGUCUGUGGAUCUGGAGUUCAGGACGGCACAGAGCAGCGGCGUUCUGUUAGGCGUCAGCAGCCAGAAGAUGGACGGACUGGGCAUCGAACUCGCCAAUGGAAAGCUUUUGUUCCAUGCUGAUAAUGGAGUGGGACGCGUCACAGCCGUGUACGAGCCCGGGCAGGAGGCGGGGCUUUGUGACGGACAGUGGCACUCUGUCUCCGCCCACAAGCUGAAGCACCGUCUGGAGCUCAUCGUGGACGGCAGGAAGUCCGAGGCAGCGAGUCCAGAUGUGCGCUCUGCCUCCGCCGAUACCAAUGACCCUGUGUAUGUGGGCGGAUACCCUGAGGGUCUGAAGCAGUUCGGACUCACUAUAAACACACCGUUUAAAGGCUGCAUGAGGAACCUGAAGAUCACUAAAGCUGGGAAAACUCUGGAGGUUCAGAUGAACAAAGUCCAGGAGCUCAGAGGAGUUCAACCGCUCACCUGCCCUGCUAGUUAAACACACACACACACACACACACACACACACACACACACACACACACACACACACACACACACACACACACACACACACACACACACACACACACACACACACACACACACACACACACACACACACACACACACACACACCCCUCUAACCAAAUACAGCUGAAUAACACAAGGAAUAUUAAAAAAGAAACAGCUGGACAAACCAAAGACUACAGAAAACACACCCGAAGAUCAAAAACUACAGUCUGAUGUCAUCAGAGAACUCUUUACUAUACUAUAAGGUCCCAUUAGUUAACUUUAGUUAAUGCAUUAACAUUAACAAUGAGCAAUACAUUUAUUACACUAUGUAUUAAUAUAUGUUCAUGUUAGUUAAUAAAAAUAAAAGUAUUCAUUGUUGGUUCAUGUUAGCUCAGGUCCAUUAAAUAAUAUUAACAGAUGCAGCUUUUUAAUAAUGUAUUAGUAAAUGUUGAAAUUAAAAACUAAUGUAGUUGACUAAUGUUAACAAAUGGAACCUUAUUGUUAGGUUUUACCAACUUUUAAUGCUGUGGUUCAUUAUAAAACUGUGUAUUUGUGCGUUAAAGACUCGAAACCAAAACACCGAUCUGAAGAACCUGUGGUAAAACAUCAAGAACUUGAUCUACAAAGCGCAACUAAAAUCUUCGCAGAAAGCUGUUGAAGAGGGAAUGACUCGAGGAAUCAGGAUUUAAUAGUUUAUAAAGACACACAUUAAUAGUUAAGUCAAUAAACUACAGAAUUACAGCCAUGAAUUUCUGCUCAGACCUUUCAGAUGUUCCCACAUCAGAGAGAUCUGAACAGACAACAAAACACUGUCAUCGUCACAUCGUCAACAAUCUUCAUAAACCUGUAACAAGUAGUUACACUGACGUAAAAUUUGCAACCUGUUCACAAUGAAAUAUGAAAAUGAAAAGUCCAACAUAAGAAAGUAGGCCAGAUAAAACUAAACGUCAGAUUUCAAUGUGACCGCAGAAUGAAUGUAGCUUAAAAUAUCCUGAAAUAUCAAACUACACUUGAGGAAUCAGGUCGGCUCCAUCAUCAUCUGAGAGCGCUGCCAAAGAGACAGACGUGAACCUCACGAUCCUGUCGAGAGCUGAGACGUUCUUCUCUUGUGUGUUUUUGCAUGAUUACAUGUACUGUGUAAUGAUCAGUAUUUCAAAAUAAAGAAAUAUCCCCUCUGACGGCACUUCA